AUGGAAAAAAUUCAGCACACAAAUGUGCAAGUGAGAGAACUAAAGCUUCAUGUAGCUGAAAUCGGAAGCGGUCCAAAGGUGGUGCUUUUCUUCCAUGGAUUUCCAGAAAUCUGGUACACAUGGAGGCAUCAAAUGGUUGCUGUGGCAAACAAAGGGUAUAGAGCAGUAGCCUUUGAUCACAGGGGCUAUGGACUUUCGGAGCAGCCAGCUGAACCCGAAAAGGCCACCUUGCUCGAUCUUGUUGACGAUGCUGUUGCUCUUUUAGAUUCUUUGGGCAUUGACAAGGCUUUUAUUGUAGGGAAGGAUUUUGGAGCUCUGUCUGCAUACCGACUAGGUGUCCUCCACCCAGAGCGGGUAUCUGCAAUCAUAACAUUAGGAACACCUUUCAUUCAACCAGGUCCCUCUGCUGUCCAAAAUCAUCCCCUCCCAGAAGGUUUCUACAUAUCAAGGUGGCAGGAGCCGGGGCGGGCAGAAGCAGAUUUUGGCCGCUUUGAUGUGAAGACAGUGAUAAGGAACAUCUACAUUCUCUUCUCUAGAAGUGAGAUCCCAAUAGCUGCUGCUGAUCAAGAAAUCAUGGACUUGAUUGACCCUGCUACUCCUCUGCCACCAUGGUUUUCCGAGGAAGAUCUCUGUGUCUAUGCAUCUUUAUAUGAGAAAUCUGGAUUCUGUUUUGCACUGCAAGUUCCCUAUAGAAAACUAAAAGUGGAUCGCAGCUUAAUUGAUCCAAAAGUGUCAGCUCCAUCACUGCUUAUCGUGGGUGAGAAGGACUACAGCUUAAAGAUACCGGGAGUGAACAGCUACAUACGGACAGGGGCAAUGAAGCAUCUUGUGCCCAAUUUGGACGUUAAAUUCAUUGAGGAAGGGACUCAUUUUAUGCAUGAACAACUUCCGGAGCAAGUUAAUCAGCUAAUCAUUGCCUUCCUUGGCAAACAUGGUGCAUGA